AUGCUCUUCCAGGAAGUGCCUUUCCUUGAUCGCCUCAAGCGGGCGCGGGCGGCAGGAUUCGCUGCUGUGGAGAUUUCGACGCCAGAGCUCUUCAGCCACCCACCGGAGCAUGUGGCAAGUGCAUUGCAGGAGGAAUGCCUCAAGUGUGUUCUCUUCAACAUGCCGGCCGGGGACUGGACGGCCGGCGAGCGCGGCCUGGCGGCAGGAGCUUCGCGCGAGGACUUCGAGCGCUCCCUGAACAUCACUGUGGACUACGCAGUGAGGCUCGAGUGUCCAAGGGUUCACUGCUUGGCGGGCUUGUGCUCAGAGAACACGUGUGACGAGACCUACCAGCAAAACCUGGAGCGUGCGGUCCGCGUCCUGGGCACCAUCGGCGUUGAGGUGGUCAUCGAGCCCAUCAACCAGCGCAGCAUGCCUGGCUAUCAUUUGAGCUCUCUGCCGCACGCUGCUGCCAUAAUCCGCAGCGUUUCUGCCAAUCUACCGCCAGAGCUGCGGGGCGGGCGAAGUGGCGCUACCGGUGGCUUGAAGCUCCUCUUCGAUUUCUUCCAUUGUCAGAUCAUGCACGGCGACCUCACCAUGAACCUCCGCAAGUACGCGGCGCCUUGGGUUGCGUGCUUAUUGCUUAUCAGAUUUUACGGAGCAUGCUCGGAGCUAGGCAAAACCACGACGAAACAACACAUACUGGGCAGAAUUUUUGCAGGCAAUACGGAUUGUCAGAAGCAGCAUCUACAUCAGCACUGCGUAUGCUUGGAUUGGUUAUCAUCGGGCCGAAGGGAUGUCCACUUCACGCUUCCGAUGGUGCUCCUGGCCAGAAUCAAGAAGUUGACUUCGAAAGGCCCCAUAACCGGUGGAUAUGGGCUUCUUGCUUCCAAUCUUGUGCUUUGGAAUGUUCUUGCGGUGGACUAG